GAUGCGUGUGAUGUGCGCAGUCUCCGUCGGUCCUGAAGAUGCCGUUGCUGUAACGGACAUCGCAAAUUCAGUUCUGGCCGUAAAAAAAAAACGCACGGGGCGCAGAACAUUUGUCACACUUGCUGGAAACGCAUGCGCGCAGAGGACAGAAACCAGUUCGAGUCAGGUCGCGACAGACGGAUGUGAUCAAGCCACAAAAUCACCUGUAAUCUGGCAUUCAUGGUGACACAUUCAUGGGAUCCGAGCGGGUGGAGAUGCGCAAGAGACAGAUGCAGGUUCAUCAGGAAGCAGCUGCCAGUGUCCUCCAAGCGCGCCACAGAAUGGGAGACACCCCCACCAACGCCUCCAACGCCUGCUGCUUCUGCUGGUGCUGCUGCUGUAGCUGCUCCUGUUUGACUGUGAGGAGCGAGGACGAGACGAUACAGAGGUCCACUCUCGAGCCCAGAACGGACGGAACCACCAAUUGCGAAGAAAGCCCGAGGCCCACCCUGGAGGACGCGCGCUCCUGGACCAUGUCGUUCGAGAGGGUGAUGAAGAGCGCAGCGGGCCGCGGCUGCUUCAGGCAGUUCCUGCGGACCGAGUUCAGCGAGGAGAACAUGAUGUUCUGGAUGGCCUGCGAGGAGCUCAAAAAGGAGACCAACAAGACCGUGGUGGAGGAGAAAGUCCGUCAAAUAUACGAGGACUUCAUCUCAAUCCUUUCCCCCAAAGAGGUCAGUCUGGACUCGCGCGUGCGCGAGGUGAUAAACCGGAACAUGCUGGAGCCGACCUCGCACACCUUCGAGGACGCGCAGCAGCAGAUCUACACGCUGAUGCAGCGGGACUCGUACCCGCGCUUCAUCAACUCCUCCGCGUACGCGGAGCUGAUGGAGAGCCUGGAGGAGCCCGCCCCCCCGAGGCCUGCUGUGUAGACACA